AUGAGGGAAAACCAUGAUUUGAAUCCAGUCAACACUGUUAAUUCAGCAGUUUCUUAUGCGGAUAAAGUUAAGGGUACCAAAACCCUAACUUUUUCUGAACGGAUUAUGAAUAAUAAGUCGCAUGUUAUUACUUCUGUGGAUUUGAAUUCUCUUCCAAAUCCUACAACAAAAGAUGGAAAGCCGGCUGUUGAAAUACCUCAAGAUUUAUUCGUUGAGGGUUAUGAGAUUUGGCGUUUCAGCUUUAUUGGUCGUAUUGAAUUCAAGGGUUAUGAUUUUAACUAUGUUAAAGACUCCCUUGAACAACAAUGGAAACUAGGGCAAGGACGUGUUCAAUUUGUUCAUUUGAACCGUGGGUUUUUCAUUAUCAAGCUUUUGUCUCAAGAAUAUAAAGAUAGGGUUUUCUAUGAAGAUGGUUGGAUGGUUGAUAAUCAUCAACUUCGACUCAUUGAAUGGUACCCUGGUUUUGACGCUGAAAAACAAUCUACUUCUCGUGCAACAGUUUGGGCUAGAUUUCCUGGGUUUCCAAUAGAGUUGUGGGUUGAGAAGUCAUUGCUUGCUAUGGGUAAAUCCCUGGGAAAUCCAAUUGUGGUAGAUUCAAAAACUCUAAAUCAUGAAUAUGGCCACUUUGCAGCUGUUCUCACAGAUAUUGAUUUUUCUGAACAUGAAGCUACUGAUGCUAUUCAUGUUACGGCUGGUGGUAGAGAUUUAUGGCAGGUUAUUGACAUUCCAAAACAUCCAAAGUUCUGUUCACAGUGUAAAAUCAUUGGUCAUAUGGAUGUGGAUUGCAGGAAAAAGAAGCGUGCUAAACAAUAG